UGACGUUAUGGCUAAGCUUGGAGCCGCCAAUCAGCAUUGAGUUAUUUCACAACAGCGUUUGGGUCGCAGCACUGUGCAGUCUUUGUGUUGACAUCUGCGGGGGAUUGCGAGUGUUUGAAUGGAUAUAACCAGGUGCACGGAGAAAUGGGAGAGGCCUCCAACAUCCUCCAUCAUGUUGUCAAGUAAGAAAUCAGACGCCGGGUCCUCGUCGUCCUCCUCGUCAUCUUCGGCAGGUGCAGCGGGGGGCGACAGGGCGCAGAGCUCUGAUGCCCAGACGGCUGCUUCAGUCACAGCCGCGGGACCUGCGGACGUAAAGAAGAAGGAGAGGUCGUCCCCAAGUGGUGAGUCGGGAGGAGCCCCUCUGCCUCACCAAGGGGGAGGAGGCCCUGGCGCGCUGGACCCGGACUCGGCUGAAGUCCGCAGGACGAGUCGACGCAAGCGACAAAAGCAGGUGGAGUACCGCGAGAUGGACGAGAGCCUGGCCAAUCUGUCUGAGGACGAAUAUUACUCUGAGGAGGAGCGGAACGCCAAGGCGGAGAAGGAACGGAAGCAGGUCAUCCCGCCACCAGCCCCUCCGCCAGAAGAGGAGAAUGACAGUGAACCCGAGGAACCAUCUGGUGUGGAAGGCGCUGCUUUUCAGAGUCGCCUCCCCCACGACCGCAUGACAUCCCAGGAGGCCGCCUGCUUCCCCGACAUCAUCAGCGGCCCGCAGCAGACUCAGAAGGUCUUCCUCUACAUCCGCAACCGUACACUCCAACUCUGGCUGGACAACCCAAAGAUCCAGCUGACCUUUGAGACCACCGCACAGCAGCUUGAAGCUCCGUACAAUAGUGACGCUGUGCUGGUCCACAGGAUACACAGCUACCUCGAAAGGCACGGGCUUAUCAACUUUGGCAUUUACAAGAGGGUCAAGCCUUUACCUACCAAGAAGACUGGAAAGGUGAUAGUGAUCGGUGGAGGGGUGUCCGGCCUGGCCGCAGCCCGCCAGCUGCAGAGCUUUGGGAUGGAUGUCACUGUAUUAGAAGCCAGGGACCGCGUUGGAGGCAGGGUGGCCACAUUUAGAAAGGGCAACUAUGUUGCAGAUCUAGGCGCCAUGGUUGUGACAGGACUGGGAGGGAAUCCCAUGGCGGUCGUCAGUAAGCAGGUUAACAUGGAGCUGGCCAAGAUCAAACAGAAGUGUCCGUUGUAUGAAGCCAAUGGUCAGGCUGUGAGUAUGACCAGCUUACAAGGUGAACGGUGCACUAGUGUGCCCAAAGAAAAAGAUGAGAUGGUGGAGCAGGAGUUCAACAGACUGCUGGAGGCCACCUCCUUCCUCAGCCACCAGCUGGACUUUAACUUCCUCAACAACAAGCCUGUCUCCUUGGGACAGGCCCUGGAGGUGGUCAUACAGUUGCAGGAGAAGCACGUAAAGGAUGAGCAGAUAGAACACUGGAACAAGAUUGUGAAGACACAAGAAGAGCUCCGAGAUCUACUCAACAAGAUGGUGUCCACCAAGGAGCGCGUGAAGGAGCUCCAUCAGCAGUUCAAAGAGGCCAGCGACGUCAAACCGCCCAGGGACAUCACCGCCGAGUUCCUGGUGAAGAGCAAGCACAGAGACUUGACAUCACUUUGCAAAGAGUACGACGAGUUGCAGGAACAGCAGGGGAAGCUGGAAGAGAAGCUCCAGGAGCUAGAGGCCAACCCACCCAGUGACGUCUACUUGUCCUCCAGAGACCGCCAGAUACUGGACUGGCACUUUGCCAACCUGGAGUUUGCCAAUGCCACGCCCCUCUCCACCCUUUCUCUCAAACACUGGGAUCAGGACGACGACUUUGAGUUCACCGGUAGCCACCUGACCGUGAGGAACGGCUACUCGUGCGUGCCCGUGGCGCUAGCGGAAGGCCUGGACAUCAAACUCAACACAGCCGUGCGGCAGGUUCGGUACACGGCCUCUGGCUGCGAGGUAAUCGCCGUCAACACCCGCUCAGCGACGCAGACGUUCAUCUACAAGUGUGACGCAGUGCUGUGCACGCUGCCGCUCGGCGUGCUCAAGCAGCAGCCGCCCGCCGUGCAGUUUGUGCCGCCGCUGCCCGAGUGGAAGACGUCCGCCAUACAGAGGAUGGGAUUCGGAAACCUCAACAAGGUGGUGUUGUGUUUCGACCGCGUGUUCUGGGACCCCAGCGUCAACUUGUUCGGCCACGUGGGCUCCACCACGGCGAGUCGGGGCGAGCUCUUCCUCUUCUGGAACCUCUACAAAGCUCCCAUCCUGCUGGCUCUGAUGGCGGGCGAGGCGGCCGGCAUCAUGGAGAACAUCAGCGACGACGUCAUCGUGGGACGCUGCCUCGCCAUCCUCAAGGGGAUUUUCGGGAGCAGCGCCGUGCCUCAGCCUAAGGAGACCGUGGUGACACGUUGGCGUGCCGACCCGUGGGCGCGGGGCUCCUACUCGUACGUGGCGGCCGGCUCUUCGGGCAACGACUACGACCUGAUGGCUCAGCCCAUCACGCCGGGCCCCGCCAUCCCGGGAGCCUCGCAGCCCGUUCCCCGGCUCUUCUUCGCAGGCGAGCACACCAUCCGGAACUACCCGGCCACGGUCCACGGCGCCCUCCUGAGCGGCCUCCGCGAGGCCGGGCGCAUCGCCGACCAGUUCCUGGGCGCCAUGUACACGCUCCCUAGGCAGGCCACGCCCACCGCCACCAGCAACCCGCCUCAGGCUCAGCCCGCCGCCACCACCGUCUGAAAUCUUCCUCCUCCGAUUCCAAAGACCUUUUUUUCCCCCCCCCCCCUCCCCGGAUGUGAGCCGGUUGUCGACAUUCCAAUUGAAAAUCGCCCUCGAUGAUGAGAUGAGACUUUGGAGGGGUUGUCUUUAUUCUUGAAGCACAGACUCACUUCAUCUGUUUAUACAUGUGAUCCCGCCAAAAUGAAGUCUUCACACUAAAAAUGCCAAUCAGGUGUAGCUGGACGCUUCCUCAGUUAGGUUGCAGUGUAGUAAAGUUUGUAUGACAAAAACGUCCUGGGCAUUGACAUUAUUGCAUCAUGUUCGCCAUUACUUUUGUUUAUUUGUUUUCUAAUUAAAAGAAAAAUGAAACUACA